AUGCCCAAGCCGGGCGAAACCAAAGUCACGGCGCAGACCGGCACCCCUUCCGGAACGCCGGGCACGCCGGGAACGCCGGGAGCAAAUGGCCUCAUCCUAGCGCAGGUGCAGGCCUGCCAGCGGAGGGUUGCGGAGCUGCGGGGCAGCCUCGCGCUCCUAGCUGAGCGUUGUGGCAGCCUGGAAGAAGUGCACGAGGGCGCCAAGGAGAAGCUCCGAGCUUUUGGCUCCUCAAAAACCACAGCGAACAGCCCAGAGCAGCUGAAGAAGCAAUCUGCGGCCAGGGUGCGUGGCCUGCAGGGCCGGCACAGUGAGUUAAUGAUUUCCUUGCAGCAGGUUCUCGCCGGCGCGGAUACUUGGGACACACUCAAGCAACAUGCAGAGGUUAAGCUUCCAAGCGAUGCUGUCAAAGAAUCUGAUGGACCAUUCCAGCCCGUUGUGGAGACUGGGAGCCAGCCCGACAACUCCGCGGUGAAGGUGAUGCAAAUGGAUGGGCCUGCGGCGAAGCUGAGCUCUAGGCUCCGCUUUCACGACAUCCAGGCCAAGUCUGCACCUGGGAAGGAGGGCUUCAAAGGUCGACCAUACCCUCGCUGCUUUCCAGGUGCGGAGCCUUGCAACACAAUGCCCAAAGCGGCACCGCAGGACGCCGAUCUGCCAAAGCACAGGGAUCGCGUGGAAGAGAUUCGACGAAGAGCAGCUGAGAUCGAGAGCAGGCGUCACCAGCCUUCAGUUGCACCACCUGCAACACCUGCAACACCUCCAGUGUGGCAAGCUGAUUCAUCGCGUUCUCCCAUCAGUGAUGUGUGGGCAAGGUUCCACCCCUCACGAGGUGGGGGGCCAUUACCAUGGGCCGUAGAUGUCGCGCACCAGAGCCAACCUCUAGAAAGCCAAGAGCCAUUGGCAGAGCCGUUGGCGGAGCCGCUGGCGGAGCCGCUGGCGGAGCCUUUGACGGGGCGCAAUGAGCGCAAUGAGCCUUUUGCCCCAGCUGUUUGGAGCGCAGCUGGGCAAGCAAGCGCGCAUCCACUUGGCUGUCAAAGCCAAUCACUCGGCCCCUCCUUGCAUCCUCUACCUCAGCCACCAGGUGGCGUGCUUGGACCCCCGCCAUUUGGACUUUGUUUGCCUGGCCCGCACGUACAGGCACACUUCCCACCUGCGGUCUUGCCACCUUGGAACCUGCAAGAGACAAUGACAAUGCAUCAGUACCCUUCGCAGUCCACAAUGCCUUGGCAGAAGUUGCCUCUCUGA